AUGUCUGUUCUUCGACUGCCACGCUCGGCCCUCCCAGUUCUGACCACUCUGAUAGGCUCAGGGGCAUUCAUCGUCGGCCUAUGGAGCUUCACAUCUCCCAAAUCAGCGGCGGCGGCGUUUGGAGGAUACAUGGUCCGAGCACUGGCUGCGUCUCCGAGUUCGUCAAAUCUCGACAGCUUGAGGCGUAUGACGUACAUCUACCCCCACGGCAUCCGCAAUCUUACAUUGGGAUUAUCGAUCCUGGCUCUUACAGCGUACUGGCAAUUUGGCCAACGGUGUCGGACAUCGCCCGUGGCGCGGGCAGCCGUGCAGAGAAGUCUCGGCCUCGUCAUCACCGUAAACGCGUUGACGCCGAUCGUGGAUGCGUGGGUGAAUCUGUGGGUUGCUGAAGAGGGUAAAGGCGGGGAUUUGGAGAGGAAUGCUGCACGGUUGCACGCGACGAGGUCGGUUUUCUGGGUCGUAGGUGGUCUUUGGUGCUUGGUUGGAUGA